GCGAGAGAUCGUUCGAUUGCCAAAACACGUUGCCACAACAUAAGAGUUGCACAUCGAUAUGGUGGUUUGUCGUAUAUUUCAACACGCUCCUCAGUAUGCUCGCCGAGAGAAAGAAACGCGUAAAAUGGUCAUUAAAUCCUCGUGGAAACUUUUGGAGUCAAGAUACAAGCAAGUUUGGUCAGCAGAUGUUAGAAAGGAUGGGAUGGAAACCUGGUUGUGGGUUGGGAGCUAAUGAGCAAGGCAUCACUGAACACAUCAAAGUAGCAUACAAAUCUGACAAGAAAUGCAUUGGCUACAAGGAGCAUGGGGAUGAAUGGCUAGAACAGCAGUCACAAUUUGAGAACUUGCUGGCUGAACUGGGCAGUUCUCAUGAUACUGCAGCACCUAACAAGGGGAAUGAAUCGCUGGAGCUCCGAUCUCGACAGUCCCGCGCCCGUGUCCAUUACCACAAAUUCACACGUGGGAAAGACAUAAGCACUUACAGUGAUAAGGAUCUAGCUUCUAUUCUUGGUGUUAAGAAACAAUGUGAUAUUCCAGAUUACAGCAAUGUUAAGGCAAGAGACAAUGACAUGAACACCCUGAUAGGGAAGGUAGACAAUUUAUAUGGAGUAACAACUGUAAACGGGGGUAACAUGAAUGAUUAUUUUAUUAAGAAAUAUAAAAAUAUUGAUGAUGCAGCUGAAGAGAAACAAGCAGAGUCCCAAUGUGAGAAAGAAGAAGUGGGGAUGGAAUUUGGAGAGAGUGUACCUGAAGCUCAGAUAGGAACAAAAAAGAAACGGAACCGAAACAACAAUGAAAGCUCUGACACACAGGGAAUGUUUGUUGAUGGACAGGAAACAAAAGAAAAUAAUUUGGUACUGAAUAGUGACAGUGAAAUUUUUUCAAAAUGUAUGAAAAAGAAAAGAAAACUGAAGCAAGAGGCAAAAGAUGGCACACAGUUGCCAAAGGAUGAUGAAAAAAUUGAUGAAAGAAAUACUGAGCAAUGUAGUGAGAAAGGUGCAUUUAAUUUUGAAGAGAAAGAUAAUAUGAUAAAGCAGGAACAUAAAAGAAAAAAGAAAAAGAAACAAAAAGAAAAUCCAGAUAUGGAAGGAAGGGAAGCUGAACAAAAAAUAGAUGGAAAUGAAAUGAAUGAUUACAGAGGAAGUUAUUCACAUUACAGGACAGAGAAAAGGAAAUUGGAUCAAGAAGUAAAAGAACAUUUGCUGAAGGAAGAAGAGAUAAUGAAACAAAAUGGAAGAAGUGCUGAAGAAUCAAACAUCAAGAAAGACAUGUAUGGUUGUGAAGUGGAGGAUAACAAAAUAAAAAGGAAAAAGAAACAAGAAAAAUACGCUGAAAGCCCAGAUGCCGCAUAUGGAGGGGAAGAUGAGACACAUACAAAUGAUACGUUAUUGAAUCAUGACAAUGUGAAUGGUUCAAAUUGCAAGAAAAAGAAAAGAAAACUGAAACAGGAAGUGACAGAAAGAACAGAGGAUGAACAAAGGGAUCAGGGUAAAACAGGGAAAAGUGAUUUCGAUAAAUUGGAUCAAGAAGUAAAAGAACAUUUGCUGAAGGAAGAAGAUAUAAUGAAACAAAAUGGAAGAAGUGCAGAAGAAUCAAACAUCAAGAAAGACAUAUAUGGUUGUGAAGUGGAGGAUAACAAAAUAAAAAGGAAAAAGAAACAAGAAAAAUAUGCUGAAAGCCCAGAUGCCGCAUAUGGAGGGGAAGAUGAGACACAUACAAAUGAUACGUUAUUGAAUCAUGACAAUGUGAACGGUUCAAAUUGCAAGAAAAAGAAAAGAAAACUGAAACAGGAAGUGACAGAAAGAACAGAGGAUGAACAAAGGGAUCAGGGUAAAACAGGGAAAAGUGAUUUCGAUAAAUUGGAUCAAGAAGUAAAAGAACAUUUGCUGAAGGAAGAAGAUAUAAUGAAACAAAAUGGAAGAAGUGCAGAAGAAUCAAACAUCAAGAAAGACAUAUAUGGUUGUGAAGUGGAGGAUAACAAAAUAAAAAGGAAAAAGAAACAAGAAAAAUACGCUGAAAGCCCAGAUGCCGCAUAUGGAGGGGAAGAUGAGACACAUACAAAUGAUACAUUAUUGAAUCAUGACAAUGUGAACGGUUCAAAUUGCAAGAAAAAGAAAAGAAAACUGAAACAGAAAGUGACAGAAAGAACAGAGGAUGAACAAACGGAUCAGGGUAAAACAGGGAAAAGUUAUUUCGAUAAAUUGGAUCAAGAAGUAAAAGAACAUUUGCUGAAGGAAGAAGAGACAAUGAAACAAAAUGGAAGAAGUGCUGAAGAAUCAAACAUCAAGAAUGACAUAUAUGGUUGUGAAGUGGAGGACAACAAAAUAAAAAGGAAAAAGAAACAACAAGAAAAAUAUGCUGAAAGCGUAGAUGCCGCGUAUGGAGGGGAAGAUGAGACACAUACAAAUGAUACAUUAUUGAAUCAUGACAAUGUGAACAGUUCAAAUUGCAAGAAAAAGAAAAGAAAACUGAAACAGGAAGUGACAGAAAGAACAGAGGAUGAACAAAGGGAUCAAGGUAAAACAGGGAAAAGCGAUUUCGAUAGUUCUCUUACAAUCUGUAAUCGAUCUAAAAAGAAAUGUGCAAAGAAUUUAUUACAAGAGAACGAUGAAUCUGUUUACUAUCAAGAUAUCAUACCAGCAGGAGAUCUGACUACAGAGAAAAAAUAUUCAUCCAAGGAAUUGAAAAAGGCCAAGAAAUCUGUUCACAGGGAUUCUGAAAAAGUGGAUCACUGUGAAAUGGAACAUAAUGAAAUUGUGGAAGAGGAAGCCAGAAAACAGAAGAUGAAGAAACGGAAGUACGAUAAAGAUGGAAGUACACAUAACAUUCAAGAACAAACACUUGUACAAUAUAAUGUGGAAGAAACUGAUGCUGAGAGCCACAACAGGAAGAACUGUGAAGAACCGUCAGAGAAUGUUGAAGAUUCAAAUGAGGCUAGAAAUAAUACCAAAUUUAAACAAGAUGUUUGUAAUUCUAAUAUAAAGAACACUGCUGGUGCUAAUAUUAGAAUUUCUGACUUCGAAAAAAUUGAUGUACGUUUAAGAAAGAUGAAACCGUCUGCGUUUGCGCAGUUUGUAGAUCCGUCACUUAUCAGAUUUAGAGGAUCAAAUUUAUUUAGUAUUCCAGGUUAUGGCUGUUACUGAAUUGAAAUUUUAAACAUUUAAAAAGUGUUUACACAGUUUCUGUUGCUCUUGAUCACAGUGAAUGAAUUUAAACACCAAAG